AUGUCGAAUUUAUCCAAACUUGAGUUUGUGGCAUUAGAUAUUUCUGGAAAGAAUUAUCUUUCAUGGGUACUCGAUGUUGAGAUUCACUUGGCUGCUAAAGGUCUUGAUGCCACUAUUACUCAGGGAAAUGAAGCAUCGAGUCAAGAUAAAGCGAAGGCAAUGAUUUUCCUUUGUCAUCAUCUUUAUGAGGGCCUGAAGAUUGAAUAUCUGACGGUAAAAGAUCCACUUGAAUUGUGGACUGAUUUAAAGGGGAGAUAUGACCACCUUAAAGGCAAUAGUGUUGCCAAGAUCUCGAUAACCUCUCAGUUGAAAUUAUAUGGGGAGACUAUGAAAGAUGAGGACAUGUUGGAAAUGACACUUACUACUUUCCAUGCCUCAAAUGUGAUAUCGCAGCAACAAUAUCGUGCAAAGGGUUUUCAGAAAUAUUCUGAACUAAUCUCAUGUCUUUUGGUGGCUGAGCAACAUAAUGCUCUUUUAAUGAAAAAUCAUAAAGCUCGUCCCACUGGAGCUGCUCUAUUACCGAAGGCAAAUGUGGUGGGAUCACGUGAUCAAUCUGAAGUAAAAAGAGAUGAUCAUCGGGGCUAUAAUAAUGCACGGGGACGUCACAAAGAUAAGGAAAUAAAAAUGGUGCUUCCUCUUCUAAUGCUUAACAUGAGUCGGAUAUGA